UCAAUACUUUGAUAUUAUCAAGAUUCGUUACAGAAUGGCUUCAAGAAACAGCACUUGAGCAACUCUCGGAAAUAUCUAAAUACCUGUAUCUGCUAGUUGAAGAGGGCAAACUUUUUAAAGGGAAUAUUCCUAUUUUAACUUCAAUGCUAAAUGUGAUUGCAUCAACAAUGAGGUUGUCUAUGAAAAGGAAGAUAUACCAACCACAUUUUACCCUGUCCCUCCACGGCAUAUUUAAGUUGUGCCAAGCUAUUGAUGGCCAUUCAAGAAGCACCGAACUUAAGCUUACGAUGGAACUUGGUACUGAUGUCGUUCUUAUGAAUGGCCCUCUCCCAAUUUUGUCUGAGAAGGAUAAGUCAAGAACCGUGAUGGUUGUUUCAUGGGUAACUUCUAACAUCUUCUGGUUCAGUAACAAGAAAUCUGUAUUGGAAAUGCCAUGGGAAGAGCCGAUAAAAAACGAGUGCCUACUUUCAAAGAUAUUGCGUUGGUUAGUAGCUUCCGUAAUACUUGGUAGAAUCUCCUGCAUCUCUCCUGAGAAGAGCAAUUGUCCUGGAACUCUUCAGACUUUCUUGAACCGCACAUAUGAAAGGGUUGAAAUGGUGGACAGUCACGUUGCAAAUGAGAGACUAGCUGUCAUUAUACUUUACCUUCAAGACCGUGUCAAAAGAAACAGUGACACUUUGCCAUCGGUUGUGACGGCUCUUUGCUUGUUGCUCCUUGACAGAUGCAGUAAACAAGAUUUGGUUGACAGUCGUGGACAAAUUGAAAGGCUUUGCUCGAAGAUACAUUGUCCUGCUGAAUCUAAUCCUGCAUGGAGAUGGCACUAUUAUCAACCUUGGAGGGAUCCUGCUCUGCAGCACACUGCAAUAGAGCGCAUGGAAGUAGAGCAGGCCUGCCGAAGCCUCUUGAUUAUAUUUUCUAAUACCUUCAGCACAGGGUUGCCACCAGGUGUUCCAAUUCUGUCACUUGGUGACGUUGAGAGGUCUGGCCUGUUCCAGUGGGAAAGAGACUUCAUGGUUAAGCAACCUUACAGUUAGUCUGUUGAAGCUAGAACUGAUCUGUACUUGACCAGGAGGACGGGGCAAUCAACUGACCAGCCUACUCGAAAGAGUUUUUGUUAGGAAGGUUUUGGAGUGGUUAGCUGUUUGCAUGAGAGAACUAAAGAAACAAUUGUGGUAAUAUAUCAAUUCCAGGCCUCUUCUGUUGAACCACAGAGAUGGCAUCCCGUAACGAGUGCUUUCAGACGAUGUGGUAUAAACGCAAAUGACUAAUGGCUGGAAAGAUUAGCAACUCACGUGGGCGGGUAUAAGAAUCUGCAGAUAAUCCAUUAUUAACGUGUAUAAUGCCUCAUCGUUCAUAUUUUCAAGAGCGAUGGUUGAUACUCGAUUGAGUCAUAUAUGUUGAUAAUGCCUCACUUUUCUGGGCGAUCUGCACGCAA